AUGGCUGUAGAACAGCAGAACACCGGAACACAAGAAUAUGGGUUUGACCCUUUGUCUGAUCCACAGGAGGCGCGCAUCCUAUAUGCCACCCUGGACUCCUUCCGACAAUAUCGACGAGCCGCACACUACAACAUUACCCACAUCCGACGACAAUCGUUCUAUGCUUUACCAUCAGCUCAAAAUGAUGUGCUAUCGUCGCCACCCAUCUCGAUGCUGAAAACUUUUGCUGCAGUAGAUCGAGCAAUAGAAAGCAAUGCUGAGAUUGCUGAAGCAAUCCUUGCCGUAGGUCUUCCUUCGUUCGGCAUCGCAGCUGAGGAUCAUCGAUGGAAAAACUGUGCAAGACCUAGCGAUCUAGACAAAGCUCGCUCAACGAUACGCCAAAUGUAUCGCGAUUGGGCGUUUGAAGGAUUGCCAGAGCGGCAAGCCGCUUUUGUUCCAAUCAUGUCAGCGCUCGAAAAGCAUUUUUCGGAUCUUGCUCCGAGUGAGCGGCACCAAUGCAAGGUGCUUGUGCCGGGCGCAGGACUUGGUAGGCUUGUCUUUGAGCUUUGUGCAGCUGGCUGGACAGUCGAAGGCAAUGAAAUAUCCUAUCAUCAGCUGAUUGCCUCGAAUUAUAUUCUCAAUUUAGUCGGUGGUGCUGGCGCGCACAAGCUUCACCCGUGGGCUCUGAAUUUCAGCAAUCACAAGUCUCGAGCGCAUCAACUACAAGCUGUUCGAAUACCCGAUGUCAAUCCGGUUGAAUAUCUAGAGGAAGCUUCGACAAGAUUGGCAUCAGAGGUGCAUUAUAGCGAUCGUAUGACGAUGACGGCAGGAGACUUCUGUGUGCUCUAUCGUCAAUCGGAGCAUCGAGAACGCUUCAAUGCCGUGACCACCUGCUUUUUCAUCGAUACUGCGCCGAAUGUCAUUAAUUACAUUGAGACCGUAAGGUUUUGCUUAGCAGCUGGUGGCAUCUGGAUCAACCUUGGGCCACUCCUGUGGCAUUUUGAAAGCGGCCCUACUCCUGCCGAGAUUGAAAAGCAAUCAGGUAGGACGAAGAAAGGACCGCGGAAGGAUGGUAAUGUGGACAUCGAUGCAGGGAUUGGCGAACCUGGAUCGUUCGAACUCUGCAACGAUGAAGUGCUUGCUCUUCUCGAGCACUACGGCUUCGAUGUCAUUGAGCACAGAGAUGCUCCCCCGACUGGAUAUAUCCAAGAUUCUGCGAGCAUGUUACACAAUGUGUAUCAUCCGACUUUCUGGAUCGCGAGAAAGCGAUAA